GUCAUCCACAUUGCUUAAACAACGGACAUAGGAGACAGAGAGGGGCACAAGGACAGUGAGUGGUAUAGAAAAGAAGGAAGACACCAAGACUGAACAUCUUUAAGGUGAGUUAGACAGGCAGCUGGAAAAGGAAGUGGGAUAUUUUUGUCCUACGAUUCAUUGACAGCCAGAAGACCUCAUCUAUUUUCCCUUUGAAGAAAGGGUGCCAUAACCAGAGGUUUACCAUGGAAACCAAGAUGGUAACAAAGUUUGAGCAAGAGGAGCAGUCAUCCAAGAUGUCUCAAGGCAUGCAGCUUUCUUCUCAGAUAAAGAAGCGGACCUUCACUUCCAGUGAUGAGGAAGCCUCCUACUCCAAUUUUCAGCCCAUCAUCCCUGCUGAUCUGAUGUCUGUCAAAGAGAUCCUGAACAUGAAGAAUGUAUCCCGCCACAGGACUUGGGAGAUUCUGCAAGAAACGAUGGCUGCUGAUGAGGAAUAUCACAGAGAGAAGUGGAUUUGGUUUGGAAAUGAAGCUGAGAGGACUGAGAUAGAUGUGAUCAGAAACCAGCAAAUGUUGCGCAGUCGUGUUGACAAAGUGGCCCUUCGCAGACAGGCAGAAAAGAAGAAAUCUGCCCACAUCAAGUACUUGGAGAAGCUGAGUCAGAAAGCUCCAGACUUUUCUGUCCCUCUGAGAGCUCACACAGUCUGGGAGGGAAUGACAGUGAUGCUCUCCUGCGGAGUCCAGGGCUGUCCACCCCCAAAGGUUGAGUGGUUUAAAGAUGGUAAACCACUGAUAACAUCUCUCCUACCAUGGAAUUACAGCCUCCAAGAAAAAUUUGGCCUCAGUCUACUAGAGAUCAGAAGGUGCUCUCCUGAAGAUGCUGGCGAGUACAAAGUAGUUGCCAAGAGCUCCCUGGGUGAAGCUUCGACAUUUGGAACCUUAGUGGUAAACUCAUGUCAAGGAGCCACGGCUGGUUCAGAGCACUCGCAGACCACCGGCUGGCAGCAGCAAAAAGAAGCCUGCUUUGACAUUUCCUUUCCGCCAACUUGGGUGAAAGAGGGCAGCAGCCUCUCCCUGCAGUGUACCUUCACAUCAGCUCUGCUACCUUUCCAGCAGGAUGUCAGCUGGUUCAAAGAUGGCGUACAGCUGCAGCAAUCCAGCAAUGUGGACAUCAAAACGUUUGAUAACAAGGCCAUCAUCACCCUGACUGCUGUACACAAGGAGAAUGAAGGAGUCUAUAGCGCCAGACUGAAGACCAGCGAUGGAUACGAGGAACACGUAGCUUUUGUCUACAUUAAAGACGGGCCAGCUGUAGUGCUUGGAGGUCCUGCAUCUCCUUUGGCGGUGGAGGUAUCUGAUGUCAACAAGAACUAUGUCUUUCUGACCUGGCAGCCCCCCAGCGCUGAUGGAGGAUCACCUGUGGAGGGUUAUUAUGUGGAGAGAUGUGACCUUAGUCAGGGAGAGUGGGUGCGCUGUAAUGAGUCCUCACAGAAAAUGUGCCACUUUCCCAUUUUCGAUCUGAAGGAAGGAGCAUUUUACCAGUUUAGAGUUUGUGCCGUAAAUAAGGCUGGAGCAGGACGUCCCUCCAAAGCCACAGAGCCUGUCCUCAUCGCAGACCCCCUUGAACACACCAGGACAAUGGUGGUCAAAGUUGAUCGAGGAAGAACCAUCACCAUUACAAAAGAUGAACUGGAAGGUCAGGUCAAAGCCCCCUUUCCUCCCACUGACGUCCGCGCCUGCGAGCUGAGCGACACCUACGUGGUGCUGAGCUGGACCGAGCCUGAACCCCGAGGCAGGGAGCCGCUGACCUACUAUGUAGAACGGUCCUUGGCAGGGAAAAACAGCUGGGAGCUGGCCAGUCUGGACAUGAUGGUGAACUCUCCCAGGUUCCCAGUGUUUGAUCUGGUUAAAGACAAGCAGUACUGCUUCCGAGUGCGCUCCAUCAACAAAUAUGGUGUCAGUGACCCCUCCACUCCGAGUGCACCUAUUUCACUAGGAAAGCAGCAAGCUGUGCCGCCUCCUCCUCACUCAGCCAUGGCCAUUAGAGACACGGACACCUCAGUUCUCUUGCAGUGGCAAGAACCCAAAGACAAAGACAACAUCUUGGGAUAUUAUCUGUACUACAGUGAAGCUGGUAAACAGGAGUGGAAAACUGUUAACAACAAACCUGUAACAACAACCAGGUUUACUGUUCAUGGCCUAAAAACGCUGAAAGAAUAUGUGUUUCGGGUGAAAUCUGUGAGCCGAGCAGGAAACAGCAGAUAUUCAGAUGAGUCUCACCCCAUCAUCGUCAAAGCAGCCAUCAAGGUUCCCUCCUCUCCCUCUGCUAUCGCCCUACUGCUGUGCACAGGAUCAGAGAUGGUCCUCUCCUGGAGGGCUCCUUCCUAUAAUGGGGGAAACCAUGUCCAUGGCUACUACCUGGACCAGAAGGAGAAGGGCACCGAGACCUGGAGAGAGGUCAACACAAAACCUGCCAAAGAAAGGACGUUCAAGGUUUCUGACUUGAAAGCUGGACAUUCAUACCAGUUCCGAGUCUUUGCUGCUAAUGCAGCCGGCAUUGGGAAGCCGUCUGACGCCAGUGAAGCAUUCCUGUGUGAAAAGUGGACAAUGCCAGAACCAGGUUGUCCGUAUGACCUGGAGUUCAGGGAGGUGAGAGACGGUUCGCUGGUGCUGUUAUGGGCGACUCCGCUCUAUGAGGGUGAAAGCCCUGUCACUGGCUACAUGCUGGAAACCAGCCAGGGUAACCAGUCUGACAACUGGACCAUUCUGACUGUAAAACCAAUUUCUGAAACGCGUUACAAGGUGACUGGUCUGCAGACGGGUCAAACCUACCGCUUCCGUGUGUCUGCUGUUAAUAAGGCAGGUGUUGGUCGUGCUUCCUUGCCCUCUGAGCCGGUCACAGUUCAGACCCAACCAGGUACCAAAGAGAUUAAGAUCGGUGUUGAUGAUGAAGGGUUUAUAUUUCUGGGAUACGAGGCUGUUAAGAUGAGUGACGACAGUGAGUUCCUCUGGAGAAAAGAUUUCACAAAACCGAUCGAUUCCCAAAAAGCGAAAGCAGAAACAGCUAAGAACAGGUCAGCUCUCACCUUCACAGAUCCAUCUGAAGAGGAUCUUGGUCUGUACACUGUGGAAAUGAGCGACUGUCCUCAUCUGUCAUCCAGCUAUGAUUUUACAGCUGAAGAUCUCGAACAUCUGAAAGAACUCAGCUGGCAGGUCAGAAAUCCAUUAAUUGCACUGAAGUCAGCCUGGCAGGUGGAGGUGUCUGAAAAGGGCAGCGUGCGUCUUUGGCUUCAGACCGAAAGUCUCAGUAGUUCUGCUGAGCUCCGUCUUAUCUUCAACGACCGAGAAAUGUCCAGCAAUUCGCGCUGUAAGAUAAACUUCGACAAGGCCAAAGGUCUGGUGGAGAUACUGUUUGAUCCGCUCUCUCAGGAAGAUGAGGGCUCAUACACCGCUCAACUGAGGGACGGGCGCGCCAAGAACCAGUGCACUUUGGUCUUUGUGGAUCAAAAGUUUCGUGAGAUACUGGCCUUGGCUGACUGGAAAAGAUGGGACAUUAAGAGAAAGACUGGACCUUAUUUUCUGGAAUUCCUGACAUGGAGUGUGAACCAGGAUUGUGAAUUAAUUAUACAAUGCAAGGUGACAAACACAAGUAAAGACACGUCCUUAAAGUGGUUCAAGGAUGGUGUGGAAGUUAAAGACUUUGAUUAUGAUCAGACAUCUGGGGUCAGCUCACUCAUAAUCCCACAGGUGACAAAGAAAGAGGCUGGUUUGUACAGAGCUGUGGUGUCGGACAGUCGAGGAGAAGAUGUCAGCACUUUAGAGCUUCUGGACAAUGAAUAUGACAAGCUUCUUCAGCAGCUAAGUGAACAAUGCGCCUUGUCAGCUGGUCCGCUACAGAUUGAGAGCACUGCUGAAGGUUUCAAGAUCUACUCCUCCCUUAGAUACUACAUUAGCUUCCUGAAGACAAGCUGGUACCUCAAAGGGAGGAAACUUGACCAGGAGGCCAGGUCAAAGCCUGGGAGUAGCAUGCAGAAAGUCUGGAUUGAAAUCUUAAACCCAACAGAGAGCGACAAAGGGGAAUACACCUUGGAGAUGUUUGAUGGCAAAGAGACACACAAACGUUUCUUUGAACUAUCCACAGAAGCAUUUGCUGAAGCCUUGCUGGAACACCAGAGGUUAAAGCAACAGGCAUUUGCUGAAAAAAAUCGUGCCAAAGUGAUUAAAGGUCUUCCAGAUGUUGUAGCCAUCAUGGAAGGCAAGUCUCUAUGUCUGACAUGCUUCAUUGAUGGCGACCCAGCUCCUGAGAUCAUCUGGCUUCGCAACGAUAGAGAAAUCCUUGAUCAGACUCAGUUUACCAUCGUUAAGGAGGCCAAGCGAACCUCCAUUACUGUCAACCAGGUCACCACGGAAGAUUCUGGAAAGUACAGCAUCUUUGUGCGAAACCAGUAUGGCUCGGAAACUGUUGAUGUGACACUGAGUGUGUACAAGAAGGGCGAGAAGCCUCCAGCAAAUGCAGUGGAAAUGGGUUAAAACUGCAAACUGCAGGAAUCUAUUGCUUCAAACUGAGAUGUUUUACCUGGUCUGAUUGUUUUCAUUUAAUAGAAGUAUUACAAAAUAGGAAGUGCUUUGCAGUAUUUAUAUCCCAUGAACUUUUUCCACAGUUUGUUGUAAGAGUUGUAUGUUACAGAGCAACAGGAGUAGGAUACGGUAAGGAUGUGUCUUGGGUUAUCAUUAUCAUAAUUAUCUAUUUGUUUUUAAGACUGAAACGACAGAAAGACAACAUAAAAAUUAAACAAGCUAGAAAUAAUAAAUAAAAAAAACAUAAAAUCUGACAAUAUAAGCAAUCAAAUCUGCAUCAAAAGACACAGAAGCGUUUGGUCUACUGGAGAUAUGUUGAUGUACCCUCUCUGAGAUAAAGAGAUGAAGGACCAUAUACUGUAGAUAUUAUAUAGUAUAUGUAUUAAAAUCUAAACUAGAAAACCAAAAACUACUCUAAACAAAACAAGCAACCGAUGAAAGGAAAACAAAUUUCAUUCAGAUGAUUUCAUGUCAUGUCAUCAUGUCCCCAUUAACAGAUGGCCUGCUGCUAAAUUGUAAACCAGAUGAUGACAGUGGAGAGGAGACUGGUAAUCCCAUUAUAGAGAUAGAACUGCAAUAGUCUAGUAUAGAAGUAAUAAAAGCAUGAUGAACCCUCUCAAGGACAUUAUGAGAAAGAUAAUAUAUGACUUAACUAAUAAGCCUCAGAAUGAUAAUGGUUAUGCCAGCUCUGCAAAUCCCAUUUUUCUUUGCAAAUGAUCUAAGUCAGUUUGCAUGAAAUCCCUCUGCAAACAUUAACUAUUAAUAUUUUAUAUAUAAAAUAGUAUCUAUAUACAAACUGAAUUGAAUACAAUUCUCGAAACAGAUCAUACAGUCAGAUUGGUUCAAAUGAGCUGACUGCCUUGAGUCGUUGACUUUGCAAGAGACGCUCUUCCUGGAGAGCACAUGGCAACAUUAGAUAUCUUCUUGCAUUGUGUAUGAUUUUACAGCAAUCCCUUACACCAAGCAUGCAUGCAGUAACAGUGGAGAAGAAAACUCUAUUUUAACAGGAAGAAACCUCCUACAGAACCAAGCUCCAUCUUCCGAGGGUCAGCUGGGGUUCUAGGAGACAAACAGACAUGCAAAAGGAACAUAGAAGCACUAAUCCGUAAACACUUUGUAUGUUAAAGAAAGUAAUGGUAAAAAAAAGCUCCAUAGGUAGAGUUUUAAUAUACUCUAGUGCUAGAGUGCAUGUGUCUGCCAAACUGAAUAAAAUGGCUGAAUUACCUCCUAAGGCAGUUAAGUUUUAGGAGUUUUACAACCCAGUUAUGUUAUUUAUAUUUGAUGGCAAUUAGAUAUACUAAAACCAACUCUAGAGGCCUGUAGUUUAACACCUGUGAUCUGAACUAUUUAAGCGUUUCUCUGCCUCUAUGUUUGCUUCAUACCUAAAUGUAUAUUAGUUAUAGGUGCAUUGUCGAAAUCAAUAACCUCUAUUUAUCCUGACAUCUGAUUUCCAGCAAAAAAAACAAAUGACAUAUUUUUUAUACAGCUUUGUAUAAAUUCAGGCAUUGUGAUUUAUGGGUCUCUUAUAUAAAGCACCUUUAGAUCCUUUCACUGUGAAAGGUGAUAUGUAAGACAUUUGAUUUAUCUUGAUUUAGUCAAAUAAAAAGCUCCUGUGGAUGAAAGUAAGAGUUGCUGAGAAGGUCGUUUGUAAAAACCUUCCUUCUAUCCUACUAUCAUCCAAAAUCACCUCACAAACAGAACAAUAAACAUCACCAAGGGCACCUUUAUAUCUCCUCCAUAAAUUCUUAAAUGCUGAAAAUCCAGCAAACAGUGAUGCAGUGCGAAAAGCUAAACCUCUGGUGUUCCUCCUACUUGCUGAAUAAGAAGCACUAAACACAAGAUUUUCUCUUACAGUGUUUUAGUUCUAGCUUUUAUUAUUUAUUAUCGCACACUAAUUUGAGUAAACUUUAUAGUGAGUCUAGAAUGUAGGUGUUUUUCUCCUAUAUUUGUUUAAAAUGUCUUAUGUUGAUCCCAAAGAAGCACUCUUCCGUUUAGCUGCACCAACAUUCUACAAUAAUAAAAUCUGACCCACAAUAAAAUUUAAUGUGAAAACAUAAAGGUGAUAAAGGUUCAUGAGGUACAGAAAUCACUGUUUAGUGCAUGUGCAACUUCUUUACGUUCUGCUAAUUUAGCUCAAAUUAAACAAACCACCAGAAAGGAUUGCAUUGUUUUAUUUUGUUUGCUGUUGUUAUGGUAUUCUUGCUUGUGUUGCUUCUCUCUUUGAGGUAGAAAUAAAAAUCUACUUGACUAGCCUUCCUUCUAAAUUAUCUUAAUGCUCAAUUUGUUUUUAGGCUUUUAUUCUAAAGAUAGCACUUAAGCUUUAGGCCUGUGUUUAUAGUUCAACGAAUGUAUUGGUUGUGUUGGUAAUAAAGCUGUUUUCAAUUACCGUAUUGGGAUUAUUUCUCUUUUGAGAAAAAAAAGCAGCAUUGUGAA